AUGGCUUCGAAAGAAACUGUUUUGCUUCUCGGAGCAACGGGCGCAACGGGUGGUUCUAUCCUAGAAGGUCUUCUGGAAGCAAACACAUUCAAUGUCGAGAUCUUGGUCAGGCCAAGCUCCGUAGAAAAGCCUGCAGUGAAGGAUAUCACCGCUCGGGGCGUCAAGCUACGCGUAGCGGAAUUGAGUGCCCCAGAGGAUGAACUGGUCAAAAGUCUCUCCGGAGUCGACAUCCUGAUCAGUGCGAUAGGACCGCACGAUCUCCUGCAGCAGAAAACGUUGGUCAAGGCAGCAAAGGAAGCGAAUAUCAAGCGCUUUGUGCCGUGCGCGUGGAUUACUAUUUGCCCUCCAAAAGGGGUGAUGGUGUUGCGUGAUGAGAAAGAAGAAAUUUACAAUGAGAUCAAGAGACUGGCCGUUGGCCACACCAUAAUUGAUGUCGGAUUCUGGCAUCAGAUCUCGUUUCCUCGCGUACCAUCAGGACGUGUUGACUACGCGACAGUGAUACCAGACAAUAAUAUUCAUGCGGGUGGAAACGCUCCGAAUAUCCUUACCGAUCUUCGCGAUAUUGGACGUUUUGUCGCGCGUAUCAUCGCUGAUGAGAGGACCUUGAACAAGUACGUUUAUACCUGGGGUGACGUCCUGACUGAGAACGAGAUCUUCUCUAUCGUCGAGGAGCUCUCCGGCGAGAAGAUCGACAGAAACUAUGUGUCCGCCGAGACAAUUGAGAAACAAGUGCAAGAAACGGUCGCAGCGCUUUCUGAAAAUCCCGAGGAUCCCGCAAAGCGCAUCCCAGUUUACAUUUCACAAUACAAAUACAGCAAGUAUGUCCGGCAAGAUAACAGUCCCUGGUACGCUAAAUUCCUUGGUUACCUGGACGCAAGGGAGCUGUAUCCCGAUCUCAAGCCAAUAUCGUUCCGGGAGUGCUUUCAAGAGGCUCUCGAUGGGAAGGGAAAGAAUCCUUAUGCAGCGUAA